AGUGAACCCUGAUGUCGGAAGCUGCCUGGUCUCCUGUGCAUGGUUGCUGGCUGUGUCCUUGUUGGCAGGAGAGGUUUCCCUUGUGCCACGCGAAUCACCUGCUCUCGCUGAGCCUCAGUUUCCUUUUCUGCACAAAGGGGGUUUGAGGUUGGCUGGUGUGAGCAGGGCCAGCAGCAGACCCGUGGGGGUGUGACUUUGGUGCUGGGAGCCUGGGAAGGGGCUGGCUGGGUGGCUUCCCUCACUGCCCCACCUGGACAGGGCUUCUUAACAGAUGCAUGUGCUAGUGGCAAAGGCCAGGUGAGUAGUUCUAGGAGUCAGUAGUGAACAACACAAAGUCGCCUGCAUGUGCUUUUGUGGGGCAGAUGGACAGUAGGUGUGUCAGGGUUGAUGAAUGGUGUGAAGGAAAAUAAAAUGGUAGGGAAAUAGGGUGCUAGGAGGAGUGGACGCUGUUUUAUAUGGUGUGGUCCAGGAGUGUCUUUCCGAUAGAGAGUGGCAGUUGGGUAAAUUCCUGAUAAACGCAAGAGAAAUCUCGAGAAAGAGUGUACCAACGCAGAGGGGGCAGCAGGAGCCAAUGUCCUGGGGCAGAGGGGUGCUUGGGCACCAACGAGGAGGCCCACGUAGCUGGAGUGUCUUGAGCUGAGGAGAGUGUUCGGUGAUGUGGUGCAGAGCUGGGGAGUUGGAGGCAGGGGACGGUCAGGACAGGCCUCCCAGGCUGAGGUGAGGCUCUGGGCGUGGUGGGACCUGCCUUGGAUUUCAUAAAGGUCUUUGGGCCACCAUGUUGAUCAGAAGGCAUGUGAGCAGGGCACAGCAAGGAGGCUCUGGCAGUGAUCUAUGUGAGAGCUGAUGGUGGCAGAGGAGGUGAGAAAUGUUUGCGUUUUGGCUAUAUCUUGAAGAUUGAGCUUUCAGCGUUUGCAGAUGAUUAGAUGUGGGCCAUGAGAACAAGAAAGAGGGGUCAAGAUUGCCUGCAAGACUUGCCCUGAGUUCCUGAAAGAGGGAGGUUGCAAUGGACCAAGCCGGGAGGCUGUGGAUGGAGCAGGUUUAGGAAGAAGAAGUUUUCUGGGGGGCCUAAGGGAGCAGGGGAGAGAGCGGCUUAGGCUCAGGUGCAUGGGAGUCUCCUGGAGGACUUGUUGACAUGAAGAUGGACUCAGCAGCCUGGAGCUGCUCAUCACACAUUCCCAGGCGAGUUCAGAAUGUCCACACAGGCCUGGACCUGACUGUGCCCCAGCACCAGGAGGUGCGGGGCAAGAUGAUGUCAGGGCACGUGGAGUACCAGAUCCUGGUGGUAACCCGGCUGGCUGCAUUCAAGUCGGCCAAGCACAGGCCCGAGGAUGUCGUCCAGUUCUUGGUCUCCAAAAAGUACAGUGAUAUGGAGGAGUUUUACCAGAAACUCAACAGUCGUUAUCCAACGGCCAGCCUUCCCCCACUCCCCAGGAAGGUCCUGUUUGUUGGGGAGUGUGACAUCCGGGAGAGGAGAGCCAUGUUCGAUGAGAUUCUGCGCUGUGUCUCAAAGGAUGCUGAGUUGGCAGGCAGCCCCGAGCUGCUAGAAUUCUUAGGCACCAGAUCCCCCGGGGCUGCGGAUCUCAGCAGUAGAGACUUCUCUGUCCUAGACACAGACAGCCAAGCAGGGGACGACGGGGAUGCUUUCGACUUCUUCCAGCAGCAGGACCGAGUGGAGGGUGAGGGUCUCCCCACCCUGGACCAGCAGGGCAAGGAUGCAGGGAAGUCCUCAGAGGAGGAAGAGGAAGCCCUGGACCCUCUGGGCAUCAUGCGCUCCAAGAAACCCAAGAAAUGCCCCGAAGUGGCCGUGAAGCCCAAACCAUCGCCCCGGCUCACCAUCUUUGAUGAGGAGGUGGACCCCGACGAGGGGCUCUUUGGCCUGGGCAGGAAGCCCUCUCCCCGGGGCCCCACAGAGGACACGCCCCCCAGGGACCCCCUGAAACUGUUUGACGACCCCGACCUCGGCGGAGCCGUCCCCCUGGGCGACCCCUUACUGCUGCCAGCUGCCUACGAGAGUGGAGGAUCCACAUCCCGCCCAGGCCACAGGGAGGCCUCCGAGGAGCUGUUCAGAGUCGAAGAGGACUUGGACCAGAUUCUGAACCUGGGGGCUGAGCCCAAACCCCAGCCUCAGCCUCAGCCCAAGCCCAAGCCCAAGCCCAAGCCCAAGCCCAAGCCUCCAGGGGCAGCGAAGCCAGCACUGCCCAGGAAACCAACCGUCCCCCCGAGAGUGGGUUCAUCUGAGGCUGUGGCUGGGCAGCAGAAGCAGCAGCAGCAGAUCCAAGCCAUGGACGAGAUGGACAUCUUACAGUACAUCCGGGACCAUGACGCGCCUGGCCAGGCUGCCCCCAGCCUCUUCUGACCACCCCCAACCCCUGCGCAGUUCCUGAGCCCGCAGCCCCUCUCCCGUGGAGGGGAGGUAGUGAGGCGCAGACUUUGCCCUGUCGGGCAGAACCUCUAUUCCCAAGGGAGGGAGAGUGGAAGCCCGGGUCAUAGGACCCCUGAAUUGCCUUUUUCCUUUUUCUCAGGCCUGUGGGGUCAUGGAACCCUGCAAGAUGCAGAGAGCAAGGUCACCAUAGGAACUGGAGCCUAAAUUGUCUCAGCCAUGCGGAUGUGGAGGGAGAGCAUGUGGGAAUGCCUUGCUCACCAGGAGUCCAGCCCCCAGGACGUUGUGAGCCUGGGGGUGGGGCAGGGACGGGCAGGGAGGCUCCAGUCAGGGUAGGAAACUUUGUGCCCACCUGUGCCCACCGGCUCUGCCAGCCCCGGCACAGGAGGGAGGGCCUGGUCAGCUUGGGGUGGGGGUGGGGGUCUCCCUGCCAAGCCACCCGAGUCUCUGGUCUCCAUGGCUCCUCGAGGCCUGCACGCCCUGGGAGGGUCCUCAGGGGAGGGAUGCUGAGUGGGUGCCCAGGAGAGCCUGGCUGCAUGGGGUGGCCGAGCCACCUCUGUUACCAGGUGCUAAGCAGGGUGCCUUCCCAAGCGUCGGGAGAGACGUCAGGCCCCGGCCCGCCUCUGGGGUGUAGAUGGCCUGACGAGCCCCAGGUCUUCCUCUCUCUUCCUUUCCUAGGGAAGGCCUCGUCGAACCAUGGCCUCCUUGGGCCUGUGGCAGUAGGGGCCACGCCCACCACUGCAGUGCCGAGCAGAGUGGUCCCAGCAUCCUCCAGGGACACCUGCAGCUGGAGUGCCCUUCCUUCUCACGGCAGGCCUGGGCUGGAAGCUCUUCGGCCGCUGCCUCAAGGGCCCCAUCUAUCUAGCGGUGGAUGCUGCCAGGUCUUCCCUGUCCUCGGGGUCUGGACUUGCUCACUGACCUUCCCCCAGUGGGAGCCACUUUCCCAGGAGAAGGAGCCCUGUGCCAGGCAGGGCCAGUGCCUUAGACUUCUCCCCGACCCCCACACCCUGGCAUGCAGGUCUGGGCACGGUGCGGUGCUCAGGAAAUGCUCAGUGAAUGACUGAUGCUUCACGGAGCAAAGGAUGCCUUUUUUUUUUUUUUUUUUUUGAUAUGUUCUUCAUGUUCAGAAUUAGCUUUUAAGGAAACACAGGUUUUUAAGAAAACGUUACCCCUGUUGUCCCUCGGGUUGUGCUGCCUGACGGAGAGGAUGGGAAGGGGGCUUUGGGAUGAGGACCCAGGCCGUUCCCGAUUGGGCCAGCAGCCCACCCCGAUCCCUCAGGGAUUCUGCCUGACCCAGGCUGCUGUUUGCCGCCCUCGGAGUCUCUAGCACCCGCUGCCCUGUGCCAGGACCUGCAGGGCAGGUGGGAGCACUCAGUCUGGUCUGUCCUGCGUCUCACGCACCCUCGUCAGCUCUCCAGUCCUGGAAAGGCCGUCCCUCCUCCCCUCCAUCUGUGCCAGCAUGAGAGGAAGUAGGCUGGGGGCUGAGAGCCUAAUUCCUCCUCCCCCUCUGCCUUACUCGGGCCCCAAGGGCACCCUCCCCAGGGCCCCGAGCUGGUUCGGGGACAGCCUUGGCCCCCAGCGCAAGCUGCCCCUCUUCUCUUCCACUGCCAGGCUUUCACACCCCCCACCCCACGCUGGGGUCCACACCCUUGCUGACUGCGGGAAGGCCUGCGAAGGAAGAGCGAGUGGUGAGGCGAUGGGCUGCCUUGGCCUUUCUCCUCCCUGUUCUCUCCUCUGGGCUCCUCCCUCCCUGGCUUCCUCUCUCCCAACCCACCACCCCCCCCCAACAUGUGACAUAGGAGCAGAGGGUGUAGCUGGCAGGUGCCCGCGGGGGGCUGGUCCUCUGGGGGAGGGGCAGUGCGUCAUUGGCGGAACCUGCCACUCUGAUGUGGCCUCGUGGACUGUGAGCCCCGCCUUCUCCCUGGUGGCCUGGCAUUCAGACACCUCAGCAAAGACGUGCACUUCUCCAGAUGCUGAUGCCCUGGGGCACCACAGGUCUGUGACCUACCGGCCAGUCCGUGACACCCAGUCAUCCAAUAAAUUCUGUGUCAGUGGCUCAGU